AGGAGACGGUUAUCGGUAUCAAUAUAGCUCCAAUACGGUACCAGCUACAGCUCACCCAGCCUCAACUUGGGCCUUGGCGGAAGUUCUAAUGGGAUCAGGACCGACGACCAGAUAUGACUUCGGGCUGGAAGACGUGGAAGCCGCCUUGACGAUCCAGUAUCUCGCCAGAGACGCCCGAAUGCCGGUACCUCCGCCAUAUACUAGCCACGCGUUACAACUGAAUCAGUGGAUUGUUGGAAAGGACCAGUAUGAGGGGGACCAGAAGCAGGUAGUUUCGGGUGGAUGGGGACUGGGUAGAGGUGUUUGCAGUAAUUGUCGGGUGGACGAGACCGAGGCGGUUUGUUGGUGGACGGACCCGGUAGUCAAAACGGUGCUCGGUCUGAACCGAAGGUUGUGUUACGCUUGCGGGGUCUUUAAGUAUAACAACCUCGUCGACCGUCCGGUCAAUAUUGGCAGACAGGUGUUACGGAAUCUCGCACCUCCCUUGUCCACAUCGGAUCGACCCAUUCAAACUCAACCUUGUCCUAACAAACAUUCUCGGCCGCCGCUUCAGACCGUUGGCACUCUUCAUCCGAAUAUACCUUAUACCGACAACAUGGCUUCUUAUAGAAUACCGAUCAAGCCUUAUUCCAAAGUACAAGGCGGGUGGUACGAUCAGGGUCUUACGGGUCAGGGAGAACUUUGGCAGCCGGAAAUACAGCAUAACAGCUGGGUACCGUCGUGAAAGAGCAUACGCACAAAGCCGUUGGCCGCGACGAGUCAAAUCGAGCGGGAAUUGCAUUCGAUAUAAGUACUAGUACAACAUAUACAGACGAGUUGUACAUGAUUGACGCUGGGUCGUCGGGAC